GCUACUCGAGAGAAGCAGCUGCUGCAGGAGCUGGAGGAGUCCCGAGCAGGCGAACAGCGCUUGAGGGACUCUGUGCACGUGCUGGAGGCUGAGGUUUCYGAGCUGCGUGUGAAKYUCCAGAGCUGCGAGGGCAGAGCAGAGGCCUUGGCCACACAGUGUCAGCAGGCCAGUGGUGCCCACUGGGAAGCUCAGUCCCAGCUGGACAAACUGCUCUUGGUUCUCCACCACACGAUCAGGGACAGCAGAGACUUGGCCACCUGGAGCUCAGAAAAGGGUCAUGUUGUGGGCCUAACUGAUUCUCAGGCCAGGGAUGUCCCCACAGAGCUCACAGUGGACAGAGUGGCAGCAGCUGUGCAAGACCUGCGGCAGCACCUGGAGCAUUCCCAGAAAGAUCUGAAUGAUGCAAGGAAGAAGAUACAGGCCUUGGAGCUGGAGCUGGGCAUGGAGCAGGCUCAGAGGGACAGUCUAAGAGCCAGCAAUCAGGAGCUGCAGAAACAGCUGGAUGAAAGUCGGGAAGCAAUGUGGAGGGCAGAACACCAGAAGACCUGUCUAGAAAUUGCCCUGAAGGAAGAGGCCAUGGCACAAAAGGAAGAGGCUGUGUGUCUUCGUCAGGAGGUGGCAUCUCUACAGAUGAAAUUGGAAAACCUGGAGAAGGAGAGGAAGGAUGUGCUGCAUGAACGGGACAGGCUGCAGGCAGAUAAAGAAAAACUAGAGUGUGAGAUAAAACUUCUGGAGGAAUCAGUCACAGCCUCUGAAACCCGAGCAAAUACAGCAACAGACAAGAAUCAGUCCCUUGAACAAGAACUCCAAACCUCACUGUCCAUGUUAAAAAUUAAAAAUGAGGAAGUGCAAAACCAAGGAAAGAAAAUAGAGAUUCUUCAGAAAGAGGCAGCAGAGGUCAAAGCUGUGCAGGAGCAUCUCACUCGUGUGACUGCCAUCCUGUCAGAGAGGGAGGGAGAAAUGAAGUUGUACCAAGAGCAGAUGAGAAUGCUGGAAAAGCAGAAAGAAAUGCAUAAAACUGCUCUCAAUCAGGUUAUUAAGGAUAUAACAGAGAAAGAACAGAAAACAGAAUCCCAACAGGAACAGAUACAGGAGCUGGAGAAGCAGCAAGAAAAGCAAAAUAUUGUUUUAAGCAAAAUGAGCAAAGAGCUGGAAGAGAAGGACCAGGAGAUCAGAUCCCAGCAAUUACUAAUAGAGGAGCUGGAGAAGAAGUUAGAAUUGCAGAACUCCACUGUCAGCAGGGUGAGCAAAGAGCUGGAGGAGAGACACCUAGAGAUCAAAUUCCAGGAGGAGAAAAUAAUGAUUCUUGAACAGCAUGGUACAGUACAAGUGAGAAAUCUGCUUGUGGAUCUUGAUGACAUGAAAGGAAACCUGAGGGAGAAAAGGUUGGAGCUUCUUUCUCUGACUCAGCAGAUUCAAGAACUGGAAAAGGAGAGAGAAGAGGUGAAAUCUCUAAAYGCUAGCCUUGAGCACCUGAGGGCCCUUCUUAAGGAUAGAGAGAAUGAGUGUGACACUCAAAGGGAAGAGUUAAGGCUCUUGCGGCAGCACAAGGAACAGCAAGACAGGCAUCUGCAAGAGGUGCUUGGUAAAGUAGAAACCAUGACACUUUCUUUAUCUGAGAAAGAUCAAGAGCUUGAGUCACAACGAAAGCAAAUGCAGGAAGUUCAAGAAGACAUGGGAAUGCAGUUAAGGACUGUCUGUGAUAAACUGGAGCAGACAUUAGCCACCUUGAAAGAGAAAGACACACUCAUGGACAUUCAGAAGCAACAAACAAGGACCUAUGAGGAAAAAACAGAAGAACAGAUCAAUGUCUUGCACAGAGACUUAGAAAACUCUAGGACAAUACUGAGAGAAAAGGAUUUAAUGAUUGAAUCUCAGAAGGAACUGAUUGAGACCUUCCAAAAACAAAAGCAAGACUCUGAACAGCAGAAACAAAUUCUGCAGCAUCUUCAAGUGGAACUAAAGGAAAAAGAGCAGGAAAUUUUUUGCCUUAGAAAGCAAUGUGAGGYAUGCAAAGAAAAGGAGGAAAACCAUGAAGCUGAGCAAAGAGAUAUCCAAGCAACAACACUGACUCUGAAAGAAAAAGAGGAAAARAUCAGGGUUCUGGAGGAGACCAUCACUAAGCUUCAACAGCAAAAGGARGAGACAGCGGUGCAGACUAAAGCCAUACUGCAAAAACUAAAACAUGCUCACUCUUCUCUUGAAGCUAGAGAUCAAGAGAUAGCAUCUUUGCAAGAGCAUGUCCAGAACCUUCGAGAGCAGAAGGAGGUGGCAGGCAAGCAGGCCAAAUGUCUAGAGCAGGAUCUGGACAAAGUGAGCCAGAUGUUGCAGAAGAACCAUUUGGAGUUUGUCAAGCAAACAGAGCAAAUGAACACAUUCCAGCUUCGUGAAGAAAGCAUGAAAGUAGCACUAACAUCAUGCCAGAAGCAAGUGACUCUGCUUGAGGAAGUGGUGAGRAAGAAAGAUGAAGACAAUGACACUCUUAGGCAAAAACUCCAGCACCUGGAAGAAGAACUGAAGACUUUGCAGAAUCUCCAGCUUAGGCUAACUGAGAAGAAUGAAGAGGCCAGACAUGACGGAAAGCAAGAGAAGCUCCUGAAAGAAAUCUUCCCUGAGAGAGAAGGAGAGAUCCGGGYUCAAAGUGAGCAAAAGCAAAAAAAGUUAGAAGAGGAAAUAAGAGCUCUUCAGGAAGAUCUCCAGCGUGUUCAGGAGACCCUGACAAAGAAGGAUAAAGAAGUCAAGUACCAGACAGACAGAGUCAAGUAUUUAGAGAAGACUCUGAUAGAACGAGAGCAUGAGCUUAGGAGGCAGAGUGAACUUCUAAAAGAAUUAACAUUGGCUUUGCGAUGGAAAGAUGAAGGGGAAACCCUAAAGAGACAAAUCCAAAAACUCCAAAAAUGGGAGGAAGAGGAAAUAGAGAAGAGGAAAAUUGUCCACGAGAGAGACCAUGUCUUGCAAAGGCAAAAGGAAAUCCAACAAUUGGAAGCUGAGAGGGAAGCCAAUGGGGAAGAAUUAGAGCAUGUGGCUGCUGCUUUGGAGCAGAGAGAAAGCAGAGAAAAUGAAUGGAGAGAGAAGGCUCAAGUCUUGAGUGCUGCCCUUAGUAAGAGUGAAAUGGCCAAUGGGAAUCUGAAGAAAAAUUUAUCAAUCCUGCAGAAGAUGGUUUUAGACACAGACCGAUUUCAUCAGCAGGCUGUKGCUGAAGGGGAGCAGCUGUCAUUGCUCUCAGAGAAGAGACUCAUGUUGCAGAGCCUGGAAUGUCUGCAGCGAGCAGUUGCAGGGCUGGAARAUGAAAAGGUGGAGCUCAAGCUACAAAACACUGAACUCAGGAGGACUCUUGAGCAGGUGGAACGUGAACGGAAGAGACUGAAGAGAUGUUUUAGAGGUCGGUUACUGCCAGAUGCUUGUGGAUUUUCUCUCUCUAAGUCUGAGCAGCACAAGUUGCCCACUUCUAGACAGGAGGARUCUCAUGCUCACUGCAGUCAGCGCUUAGCUGAAUUACACAACCAGGUGUCCCUGCUGCAGUCACAGCUGGCCCGAGACCGACGGGACCGGCAGAGCUACAUUGAGAGCUGUUCGAGGACCAGCCAGGAGCUGUCWGACCUUCAUCAGGAGCUGUCCUGCUCCUUUGCAGCUGUGCUCAAGGAGCCCAAAGCUGCUGUUCUGGAAGAAGAGACUCGGAAGCUGGAUCAGUCUCUGAGCCUUAACUCAGCACUGGCAUCCCUGGACCAUCAGUCUCUGGAGAGACAACCCGAGCAUCCAAGAGCYAGACCUACCAGAAGCAAUGACGACCUGAGGUAACAGCACCUCUGAUCUCCAUUUGAGUGGAACAAUUCCUGCAAAGAACUCAUGGAUGUGAGAAAUGGGAUCAACUCCUCAGGACAGGGCUUCUCCCUGCCUUUCACAUCUGUUCUUCUUACAUUCAGCUGGUGUUGUCAAACCUCACCUUAUGUUGAUUAGGAUCUAUGAAGCAUUAUUUCAUGAAGCAGAUGAUAUCUGGGGACAAAAUGUGAAUGUGUGAGAACAAAGACAUAGGUAAGGAGAGACAAGGAGGUAUGGAGAAGGAAGCCCUAACAAGAAGUUAAUCCCUGAACACUCUCAUUGUGGGUGACAUCUAUCCAAGGGCAUGUACUCAAAAUAAAAGGACACAAUGAUUCUGCUACAACCAAGUAACAGUAUUUGUGCUGUUUGCAUUUGCAAGCAUCUCCUUGGGACAUUUAAAUUUUUUUUAAGUAAAAUUUUAUUCAGAAGAAAAUUGUACUCAUUUUUCACUGGCCCAGUGAGGCUAUUGCAAACCCUUACACAAUAUCCCUUCUUGAGGCAGAGAUGUUCACUGCAGCAAGUAAUGGGUUGAAGUGUUAUCAAACAAAGGGGUGGAGAGUGCACAGCAGGGAUUGAAGUUUGGUGAGAAAUGGGGCAUCCCUUCUCUUCUCCCUUUUCUUCCUUUUUCCCCUCCAAAGCAGUGUGGCUUUGCCCCAASAGCMAGCCCAA